AUAGUCCAGGAAUUGGUGAAAAGGUAUCUUCUAACCGAUUUUGCCGGAGCAACUAAAUCUAAUUCAGCAAAGUGCGAUAUGUAUGCUGAUGCUUUCACAGAUUUGAUGGCAAUCGGUGCUGAAUAUGCCCAUGAAGAAGAUCCCGUUCUUAAGGAUGCGAAAGAGGCCAUUUUCACAAAUCAAAUUUUGGAGGAUCACUUGAAAAAGAAUGGCGGAGAACAUUUUGUAGGAAACAAAGUGCUAUGGUGUGAUCUUCUGGCCGUGUACGUGUUGUCACUGUUGGAAGAGCUCAAAUCAGACAUACUUCGCGAAUUUCCCGAUUUGCAGUCGUAUUAUACAAGCAUGAGAAAUUUACCACAGAUCAAAGACUACGUUGAGAACAAAUGGCCACCCGCAACGGUUCAAAAAUGA